GAAUUGGGAAUUCGAAAUAGUACAAUUUAUUGACAAGAAGAUGACUCAAGAGGCCGAAAAUGGCUUGCCAACAGAAAAUAACAAGCAAAAGUUGGUAGCAGAGGAGGUACUGAAACAUGGGAUGAUAUCAGAAGAAGAUGUAGCCGAACUCUACACUUUUCGGGACCUGGCCCACGCUACCGAAAACUUCAACCCUGAUUUGCUCAUCGGGAAAGGCGGAUUUGGGAGGGUUUACAAGGGCCAUCUCCGAGACAACGACAAAGCUGUGGCAGUGAAGCAACUGGACAUGAUUGGAGUACAUGGAAAUCCUGAAUUUUUAGCCGAAGUCCUCACAUUGAGCCGCUUGCACCACCCGAAUCUUGUUAGCCUUUUAGGAUACUGCGCCAAUGGGCAUCAAAGGUUGUUGGUAUACGAAUACAUGACCAAUGGUUCAUUAGAAGAACACCUCUUCGAUUUGGAUGACAACAAGACGCCACUCGAUUGGCAUACAAGGAUAAUGAUAGCUAAAGGAGUCUCGAAAGGGCUAGCGUACUUACAUGAUGUGGCCGACCCUCCUAUCAUUUAUCGAGAGCUAAAAUCAUUGAAUGUAUUACUCGAUCAUGACAUGAAUCCUAAGCUUUCCGACUUUGGGUUGACUAACUUUAGCCCAAAAGAAGGCGAGGAUCAUAUAUCCACCAGAGUGAUGGGGACCUGCGGAUAUUCUUCACCCGAGUAUGCAAUGACAGGAGACUUAACGACAAAAUCAGAUGUUUAUAGCUUUGGGGUUGUGUUUCUUGAGUUGAUCUCCGGAAGAAGAGUCAUCGAUGACAAAAGACCAACGGAUGAGCAAAACCUCGUUAUAUGGGCAAAACCAUUGUUAAAAGAUCACAGUAAGAUUCCAGAGGUGGCCGACCCAUUGCUAAAUGGGAAUUACCCGAUAAAAUGCUUAUAUCAAGCUGUCGCAAUUGCGUCAAUGUGUCUACAAGAAGAAGCAAGCACCAGACCGUACAUGAGUGAUGUCGUUGUGGCUCUCGAGUACCUAGCCACAUUUCAAGAUAGUGAUGAUGAUGAAUAGCCAUUAUAAUUCGGAUGGACUUGAACCAAGUAACAAAU